AUGAAAGAAGACGAAAUCGAACAGUUUAUGAGCUUACGUUAUCUCACAUCAAUACAAAUACACUGCAAGGAAAUUAUCCGCUUAGGAAAUAUCAAAGAUGGCGGUUGGGAAGUGUGUAAUGAUAUAAGAUAUAGGCCAAGACACCCUUGUCUAGUAUAUUCUUUUGGUAAAAAUAUUUUGUAUAGGAUAAACUGGGACUGGGGAUUUGAUGAAGAUGUUGUGAAGACCUACGAUUGCGAAGUUCACUCUUUUGACCCAAGUAUGAAAUACUCGGAAAAAAGACCAAAUAUUUACUUCCACCGUAUUGGCUUAUUCAAUAAAAGAAACUUCUAUGAUUUUAAACGAAAAUGGAACAUGACUACACUAGAUAAUAUCAGAGCCACGCUUGGUCAUAGUGCGAGAAAAAUCGAUAUAUUGAAAAUAGACAUUGAAUGGGAUGAAUGGAUAGUUUUACCAAAUAUCAUCAAGAGUGGUGUUCUGAGAUAUGUUACGCAGAUAUUAUUAGAACUCCAUUCACCUGGAAAUCUAAAACGAAUGAAAACUGUCAGAAGUUUAUACAAUGAAGGAUUUAGAAUAUUUUGGUACCAUAGAAAUCAUUUUUGUCGUCGCAAUAAGGCAUACAUUGAAUACUCUAUUUGUUUUGAAGUAUGUUUUGUGAGAAUACAAUUUGUUUAA